AUGAUAAGAUAUGGUGCGGCGAUAUUCUUUUUCAUUUGGUAUAUCAUCAUAUCCACCGUGGCAAACAUUGGAUUCAUCGAAAUUCUACUAAAGUUUAGACACCGAACUUUACUAUCAUCGUCGUCCACCAGUGCUAUUACCAAAUCGAAAAGGCAACGUAAAUACAAGAAAGAAAUUGGGGAAGAAGUUGAAAACAAUGAUGCCAACUUGACAUACGAAGGAGUCACCAUAAUUCGGCCAAUAAAAGGAAUUGAUCCUGAGCUUAGUUCAUGUCUUGAAUCUUCAUUUGUCCAAAAUUACCCACUGGAUAAAAUGCAAAUAUUGUUUUGCAUUGAUGAUCCACAUGAUCCUAGUAUUCCAAUGAUCAAGAAAUUGAUCAACAAAUACCCCACCAUUGAUGCUGAGAUACUUGUGAGUGACAAUUUUGAUCCCGAGACAAACAGUAGCAGUGAACAUUACGGUCCUAAUCCAAAAGUCAACAACCUAGCCAAGGGGUUCUUGAAGGCAAAGUAUGAUAUACUAUGGGUAAUGGAUAGUAAUGUAUGGGCUAGUUCAAAUAUCUUACGAAAUUCGGUGUUUACAAUGAAUAUGAAUUUGAAUAAUGGAAGAAAAUUAGGAAGCAAACGUCCUGUUAAAUUGGUACACCAUGUACCGUUGGCAAUGUGUAUUGACUCAGAUGGUGAUGCUAGUAUUCCCGAUUUAGAGGGAAGGGUGACUCCAACCAAUUCGGAAGAUGAUUCUGAUUAUGCUUCAAUCACUUCACAAAGCUCAAACUUGACCAAUAGAAAAGCUUUGGCCAACUCACAACUAAACAUAGAUCAACAAUUAAACCAUUGUUACCAAAACCAUGAAUCCAGGAAGCUACUUGGAGCAAAAUUGGAUGAAAUGUUUCUCCACUCCUCGCAUUCUAAAUUCUAUGUUGCUUUAAACAACUUGUCAAUUGCCCCCUGCGUCAAUGGUAAAUCCAAUAUGUAUCGCAAGUCCGACUUGGACCAAGCAGUCAAGCUCAUCCCUUAUAAAAACUCUCCCUUUUUCAGUGACACCAAAGUGAAAUCUGAUGCGCAAUACUAUACUUCUUUAGGUUUAGGGCAUGCCAUCAAAUUCUUUGCUCGGUACAUUGGGGAAGACAACAUGAUUGGAAUUGCCUUGUGGGAAAACUGCAAUGGGCGUACUGGGCUAACGGGUGACGUUGUUGUUCAGCCAUUGAGUCGACAUGACAAUACCGUACAAGAUUAUAUCCAGCGUCGUGUGAGAUGGUUGCGAGUGAGAAAGUAUAUGGUGUCAUUGGCUACGUUUAUUGAACCGACAACCGAAUCAAUCGUGUGUGGAAUUUAUGGAACAUUUGCUGUAUCGACAUUGUUUUUCCAUCAAUGGUUUUCAAUCAAGUGGUUUUUAAUUCACAUGACAGCUUGGUGCUUGUCUGAUUUCGUUCAAUACAAUGUGCUUAUAAAUCAUGCGAAAUCAACUGCAUCAGCCAAUAUGACGUAUUUACCACGAUGGAUGGACAAUAUACAUGUUGUGCAUUCAUUAAGAGACGCUGGUGAGUGGUUACAAGUUUGGCUCUUACGGGAACUUUUGGCAUUGCCAAUUUGGUUUUCCGCCAUGUUUGGCCAUGAAAUAGAUUGGAGAGGGAAGCCUUUUAAGAUUAAGAAAGAUUUGACUGCAGAAGAGUUGUAA